AUGACUAAAAAGAUCUACCACCAUGAACCACUUUGGUGGAAGCAUGGCGUUGUCUACCAAAUCUACCCAGCAUCUUUCAAAGACUCGAAUGGUGACGGUAUCGGCGACAUCCCCGGCGUCAUCUCCAAGUUAGACUACCUAAAAGGCCUCGGCAUAGACAUCAUUUGGAUCUCGCCCCAUUAUAGAAGCCCCCAGGUCGAUAUGGGGUACGAUAUUUCCGACUUUCAAGACAUCCAUGAACCAUACGGUACACUUGAAGACUGCCAGCAACUCAUCAGAGAAAUCCACGACAGAGGAAUGAGGGUCAUCGUUGACUUGGUCAUCAAUCAUACCUCCGAUCAGCACCCUUGGUUUAUUGAAUCGAAAUCUUCUGCCUCAAGCCCAAAGCGAGAUUGGUAUUUUUGGAGACAGCCCAAGAUUGACAGCAACGGGAAUAAGUGUAGGCCGAACAACUGGAGAAGCCAGUUUACGAAGCCGGCUUGGACGUUGGAUGACAAAACCAAUGAAUACUAUCUCCACGUAUAUGCUGCAGGCCAGCCAGAUCUCAAUUGGGAGAACGAAGACUGCCGACGAGAAAUCUUCGAUAACGCGAUAAAAUUCUGGCUAGAUCGAGGUGUCGACGGAUUUCGUGUUGAUACCGUCAACAAAUUUUCCAAGGUUCCAGGUCUACCGGACGCACCAGUUGCCGAACCAGAUGAAGAGACUCAGAUAGCUACAUGCCACUAUGCAAACGGUCCCCGCAUCCACGAAUAUCUCCGCGAAAUGAAGGAGGUCAUGAAGCCAUACGAUGUCAUGACUGUAGGCGAGCUACCAAACACACCUGAUCUUGAGGAUUUGUUGAAGUAUAUCUCGCCUGGUUCGGAACCUGGAUCUCAGGAAAUCGACAUGGUCUUCAACUUUGACACGGUAAAUCUUGGCCAGACGCCUGGGAAUCGAUUCCUGCCUUUGCCUUUCGACAAGAACGACUUUAAGCGCUGCCUGACAAAAUGGCAGAAGCUCCCAGAAACAACGGGGUCAUGGACGACUGUCUUUUUAGAGAAUCACGACCAGGGAAGAUCAGUAUCGCGAUUUGCAUCAGAUCUUCCACAGUACAGAGAACAGGCGGCCAAGAUGCUAGCAACUGUGCUAGCUACCAUGACCGGAACACUGUUCAUUUACCAAGGACAGGAGAUUGGCAUGAUUAAUGCCCCCGACUCUUGGUCAGCGGAUGAGUAUAAGUGCGUCAGGUCUGUCAAUUACGUCCAAGACAUUCGAGAUCGUACGAACAAUGAUCCUGUGGCGGUAGAAGAGGCUAGGAGAAGUCUUCAGCGUGUGGCGAGAGAUCAUGCUAGAGUUCCGAUGCAAUGGGAUAAUACAGCGAAUGCAGGCUUUACAAGCAGUGCUGUAGUACCAUGGAUGCCAGUCCUGGAUAGCUAUCCAGACAUUAAUGUUGCUGAUCAGCUUGGGGACAAGGGCAGUGUUUUGGAGUUCUGGCGGGGAAUGCUGGAGGUUCGAAAGAAAUACUCUUCGCUGUUCGUUUAUGGCACAUUCUCUCUCAUUGAUGAGCAUAAUGAUUUGAUGGCUUUCAUAAAGACAGACUCCAGAACUGGUAUGAGAGCUUUGACAGUCGCAAACUUGUCACACUCGGACCUUGCUUUGCCGAACUUUCAAGGUUUGGAUCUUGGAUCAACGUCUCUGCUUGUAAGGAGCUCUAAUGAGCCUGCUACUACGCACCAGAAGUCGUAUCUCGGACCCUACGAAGCAAGGGUCUAUUUACUCGAGUAG